AUGGCGUUUAGCGUACUUUAUGGUGGUGAAAAUUAUGAUAUAAACAAAUUUUUACGCGACCACCCCGGUGGUGUGAAUACGUUGGAUAAGUUUAAAGGAAAGCCCAUAGGGAGUGUGAUGAAGGCAUACGGCCACAGCACGAGUGCGUAUCACAUGUUAAAUGAUUUUAAAAUAGAUAAAAACAUAACUGGGAGUGUCAGUGAAAACGGUAGGAUUAUUACACAGGAUGAAAGCGCGCGAGGUUCCGAGGAAAUUAAGUUCUUGGAGGAAUUGGAGAGCAGACUGGAUUGGUCGAAGCCCAUCCUAAGCCAGCUUCACAAGAUUUCUCCACACUAUGACAAGUGGGUUAACAGUGCCGUGUAUAAGCAGUGCAGGCUGUUCUCUUCCCCUCUUCUGGAGAGCCUGACGUACACACCCUGGUAUCUAGUACCAGUCUUCUGGGUACCAAUAAUUAUGUACCUUGUAUUUACACAGUAUACUGAACACGUUGUUUGGGAAGAUGACACCCAAGACAAACUCACAUCGAGCCAGUUCGCGUGGCACAUGGCAUUUGGAUUUAUUAUAUGGAGUUUCUUAGAAUAUUCUCUACAUCGAUGGGUCUUCCACUAUGACCCUGGUUCUUCUAAUACGCUGAUACAACUGCAUUUUCUUAUACAUGGAAUGCAUCAUAAGGUUCCAUUCGAUGGUUUACGACAAGUAUUCCCACCGAUUCCAGCACUAGUCAUCACCUGUAUCCUCUCAGUACCAGUCUGGUGUCUGUUUUCACAUCCAGUCAUAAAAAUAACUGGCGGACUUAUAGGAUAUCUAACAUACGACAUGAUUCAUUACUACGUGCACCACGGCUCACCUCGUGACGGAUCUUAUCUUUACGCAAUGAAGAGAUAUCAUUCAAAUCAUCACUUUAUUAAUCAUGAUAAAGCUUUCGGCAUUAGCAGCAAAGUAUGGGAUCUUGCGUUUGACACAUGUGUCCAAGUCAAGAAGUUAGGUUUUAGUUUGCGAUGGUAA